AUGGAUUGCAAAAUUUCUAACGAAAAACAAGAUGUGGAUUUGGAUAAGGAAUCUAUAUUCGGGCAACGUUUUCUCAAUGACGAAACUCGUGUCUUCGAAUAUAAUGCAUGGGAUGAUGUCGAUUGGCCUGUUGAAAAAGAGGAAGAAAUAAAGAAUACGAUUGAACUGCAACAAUCACAUCGUGUUGAUGAUAAAAUCGUAGCUGAUCUUCUUGAUACACCAAAUAAGCAAUGGGAGUCAUUUUAUCUUUCACAUGGGAAUAAAUUCUUCAUGAACAGAAAAUGGGUAAUCCGCGAGUUCUCUGAGUUGUUUAGCGAGAAGUCUGCUGGGCCAAUUCGCAUUUUGGAUGUUGGUUGUGGAGUCGGGAACACUACAAUUCCAAUUAUUCAGGCAACAAAUGAUUCAAAUUUGUUCAUAUAUUGCUGUGAUUACUCUAAAAAAGCAGUUGAAUUACUACGUUCCGAUAACCGCGUUCCUGCUAAUCGAUGUCUUCCGUUUGUUUGGGAUAUCACUGAAAAUACGGAUCAAAUCCCUGAAGAAUCACUUGACUAUAUUCUAUGCGUUUUUGUUCUUUCUGCAAUAGCACCAAGUCGUCUGAAACUAGCCAUAUUAAACUUAGUUCGUCUUUUGAAGCCGGGUGGAAUUUUAAUGGUAAAGGACUAUGGUCGUUAUGAUUUAACACAAUUGCGUUUUAAACGUGACCGCUUUAUUGACGAAAAUUUUUAUCGUCGUGGUGAUGGAACCUUUGUAUCAUACUUCACUACAGAGGAGUUGCACGAAUUUUUUACUCAAGUUGGAUUAGAACGGAUUCAAAAUAUAAUGGAAAAACGUCUGGUAGUUAAUCGAGCCAAGAAGCUUACAAUGUACAGGAGAUGGGUACAAUGUAAAUAUUUGAAACCUGGAUGACGAGAGAUAACUUUUUGUGCACUUUUAAAUUUUUUUGUCUUUUGUUUAUUCUUAUUUUCUCUUGUUCCAUUUAAAAUUUGUUGGUUAUUGUUUUUCAUUCUUAUCUUGAUUUUUUUAAGUUUGAUUGAUAUACUUUUUACAAUAUAUUUUUUUAUACAUUUAUACCUUUGG